AAACGUCAGUACGCGUCAGUGAUGAGCUCAAUUGGCGGAGUCCGAAACACGUCGGAGUGCCAAUGUGUAGGGUUUCCCCAGCCAGCAAGUUGAGCUCCAGCUGGCGGAGUAAUGUCGGAAACGAUGUCAACUCGUUGGAACCGCUGUUCUUGGAUGUCCAGUUCAACGCGAUAACCAGUAAAUUCAACAAGUGCCGGAUGAUAAAAUGUUAUUCACCAAAGAAAGGGAUAGUAGAACCAAAAGAUACCUAACUAGUACGACUACCUUCAAGUAUUUAUUUGGCUGAUUUCAGCUAGGUUCUUACGGGUCGUCCCUCCUCCCCUCCAUAGACUCGUAUCAAAGUCUGCCUGCGGGAGACUAGGUUCUUGUUGCUAUGCGAAUAGCAUCCCAAAUUGCUACCAAUAGAAGGAAAGGAUGCGUUGGGCAUGCAGAUACUGUAUUCGCAGUCAACAGCGACGCCAUUAUAUUACGCUCCUUUGCAUACUGUCUGAACCUAAGGCCUUGCCAUUUCUGGACUUCAUGAUUAUUAGCGCGUUUCCUUCGUUCUCGAUCGCCACUGCCGAUGUCCUUUCUGGUCUUCACCGUCUCUACACUUAUCCUUCUUGCUAGACGAAUAUCUUUCUAACUCGAAAGCUACGGUCUCAACAUCGACAAUCAACUAUGACGGGACUAAGCGAGCCGUUCCAGGCGACCAGUUACAAUCCGUCCCCUCCGACAGCCAAAGAGCAAGCAGAUGUGGAACUAUUACUUGCUGUGAUGGACUCCAAUGUUGAUCCUGAUGUAGCCUUAGCUGUGCUGAGAAGGAACUGGGGUGAUGUAGAUAAAGCUGCGACUGCCCUGCUGGAGGGAGACACUGGAGUGGCACCCCCGCCGUACGGUACCUUCCCGCCAUCCCUUGGUCAAGACGACAGAAAUACUAUUGUUGGUCCGAGAACACCUCCUCCUUCGAAACCCGAGAGGGAUAGUCCACCCGGCGUCAUUGACCUCACCGGAGACGACGACAAGGAUCUUUCACAAGCCCUGAAAGCGUCGCUUGAGGACCACGGAACAACAUUUGGACCUAGCAAUAGAGCCCCUGAUCCAAACUGGGCUAUGGUUUCUUCUAAUGCUGCGAUAGGACCGGCUAACGAGCAAGCCGCCGAUGUGCACAACGACGAUAUGAGACGUGCAAUAGAAGCAAGUCUAAGUAUGACGAAUGAGAUGACCAUCGAUACAUACGAUGAACUCCCUUUGGAACAGCGAGUGCGGCAAGGCGACUGUCCAGUAACCCUCCGUCCAACGCAAGCUUCGCGGGUGUGUGCCGCCCUCAUCACUCACGGCUUGUUCUUCGUACCCCAGGUGCGAUACUGGAUUUCACUGUACAGGCCUCUUCCCCCACAAAUCGACGAGUCUGAGGAUGAACCGAUAGAGAUAUUGCCGCCACAAGAGGGAAUUGCCUAUGUUGUUUGGUCUCUGGUUGAAACCUUUGUCAACAUGGAUCUGGCUCGGACGACGGAGCUGAAUGUUGAUCGUGCGCUAGAUGCUUUCGAUGCUACCCUAUGGAGUGGAGCUGGAGAGCAGCCGGGAGACGUGGCAUAUCACUUUUAUAAUAAACUUGCGUGGGCCGUAGAAACCGCGAUGCUGGAAGACCUUGAUCGGGAUAAGGAUACCAGGUUAUUUCACUUCAGAUAUGGUCUCAGCGACACCGACGCGCCUACUGGUCCUCUGGAUAAGCGAUCUGACAUGUCAGUCGUGAAAGUGGCUGUUCGCGGCACACCGGAUGCCAACGACCUUCUCUCUUGUUUGUCUCUUGAGCUCUCGCCUAUAGGCGAUACAGGACACCAUCAGGUUAUUUUCCAGCCGUCUGAGGUAGUCGCUUUCCAACUGGUUCGUGAUGGUAUGUUGCCUUCGGGAUCGAAUCACGAGCGACGGACCUUCGCGUUUCCGAACCACGUCUAUCUGGACCAGUUCCUUCAAGAAAACGCGAAAUUGGCGAGUGACAAACGGAGGUUGCAAAGGGAGCUGUAUGCUCAGGUCGACGAGCUCAAAGAACGGAGACGACACUUGAAUUGGAACGAGGGCAGAAAUGUUUUGAAUGACUUGCGUUCUUCGAUUCAUUACUACGAGAAUAUCGCUGAGCAUAACGACGACGAAACUCGCAAGGCGCAUCUACAAGAUAUGGCAACUAAGCUUCAAGCGAUCUUGGUUCGAGUUGAGAGAGAGAUACGAAUCCUCGACGACCAGAUAGCAAAAGCUCAAAUUUCUGCUGCUAGUGUUUACGAUUGUCCUGAGUUGCAGAAGCAUCGCUAUGACCUUCGUGUGGUUUUGGUCCAUGAUGGCUUGUAUGGUCGAUCACAUCUCUACUCGUACGUGAAACAACGAGACAAGUGGUGGAAGAUCGUCGAUUAUUCCACCUUGGAGGUAUGCUCUCAUUGUAAAUACGCACUAGUCACUUUACUUACAGAGGGGCAGGUAUCAGAAGAAACGGUGUUACACGAUCCGAUCGGUUUGCAUCUCAAUGCAGGCCCAUUCUUCCUCAUCUAUAGUCGUGCUAUUCCUGAAGAAUCUUUACGACCGGAUUGGCCGGAGAACGUUAAGAAUUCUGUCAAGCACAACAACGCCUUAUUCUUCAGUAGUCUGCCACCAGAGGUUGCGAACGACAUAGAGGAUCCAAAUUCACCUCCGACCUCGCCCAUGGCGUACGCAGUGGAGGACCCUGAACUUGAAGGGGAACCGAUGGAUCUGAGCAACUGAUUUAUAAAUCAUCUGUAUCGAUACAUCUUGGACUACCGUUCUAUCGAUAGAUAGUGCUACAGUGCUGUUUCGUAUAAUACAGCGAGUUUCUAUAUGAAUAAACACGCAUAUAAACACUUAUCCCUGGCUCUCUUCAGAGCCAUAAGCAUUGCUUUUGUGUUUGGGUAUGAAGGUCCAUCCCUCUGGAGCCGGCCCAAGGAACAUCUCUGAUAUCUUCACCCAGUCUUCACUGCUUCCGCUCGCAAGGAGAGUUUCUGGCAUCGAUAUCAGAUAUUGAUUCAACAAUGAAGACAUGUAAGCAUACCUAGCUCGUUUCUACCUUUAAAUGGAGGCGCACG